AUGCCUCCCUUUGGGAGGCGACGCCUCUCCUCGCGCAGGCGCUGGUCACAGGUUGGCAUCCUCAUCCUCAUCAUCUCGACAGUAUGGUACAUGGCUCAACCGCCUGAUUCCCCCAUCGUCUUGGCCGUCUCGUUCAAUGUGUCACGACUCAGAAGCGCAUUGGCCCACGGUGAUCGCGAUGCAUGGCUCCGCAAACCGGGUAGCUAUCCCGUUCAUCUACCGAGCGAGGUCGGGUGUCUGAUCAAGACGGGCUACGGGACGAGGGACCGCGUUGGAGAGCAGUUGGCAGCUUUGGGCGUCAAGGGGGGAGUGUUGGGCGAUGAGGGAAGAGAUUUCCUAGUCGUCGGGGACUGGACGAACGGCAAUGGGUCGUCUGGACCGCAGCGCGGGUGGCAAGUGCAUGACGCAGUGAGGUUGGUCAUGGAAUCGGAAGUGGGGAGGAGAUAUUCUCAGCAUCCACGUCUUCAAAAGUACAGAAGCCUGCAAGGCGCCGUAGAGGCAGGGGAUACCGACAAGGCGGAAAAGUUGGGCAAAACCUUUGGCUGGGAGUUGGAUGCUCUCAAGUUCAUCAUGGGGAUGGAAAUGUCCUACAAGCGCAUGCCACAUAAGAAAUGGUACGUCAUCCUGGACGACGAUACCUUUGUGGUCAAGGAGUCGUUGGAGCUGCUGCUGAGCCACUUGGAUCCCUCCAAACCGCAGUAUGUGGGCAAUGCCGUCGGCGACUAUAAAGCGAGGUUUGCCCACGGAGGCUCUGCCGUCAUCAUCUCCGGCCAGGCAGUCAAGAUGCUCUUCCGUCGCCCCGACAUCGUCGCGGAAGCUUACGCCCGGUCAAUGGACGAGACAUGGGGCGAUCGACUGGUGGCGACCACUUUGCAGAAGAUUGGCGUGUACAUUGACGAGCGGUACAGUCACUAUUUCAACGGGGAGGGCCCCGACGGGACGCGGAUCCGCCCGGACCGCGCGUGCUCCCCGAUCGUAUCUUUCCACGGGCUGAGGAAGCCCGGCGACAUGGUCCGCGCCGGCAGGGUUCUGGGCAAGAUGAACAAGCCCUUGCGAUGGGGCGAUUUGUGGGAGCUGUUUGGCAAGAGUCCCGUGCAGUCCUACGCCGAGACGCGGCCCAGAUGGGGCGAUCACGUCGGCCCUGGCGGCGAGGAAGUCAGGGUCUGGAAGGGCCUGAGUAAAGCGGAGGACUGCCAGCGCAAGUGCAAAGGCUGGUGCUUGGCGUGGACGUACGACACGGAUACCCGCGAAUGUCGCGCGAGCCCCUGGUUCGUCGUCGGUUCCGAGAGCGUUCCUAGCACAAGACUGUCUGGGAUCAACUGGGCGGGAGCCGCGAGGUCAGCCUUCCGCAAGUGCUCGCUGGCGAGCUGA